AAGCGAAGAAGGGAUUAAUUGAUGUGCUACUCAACAUCCCAUUCUCUCUGUAUAUAUAGAUGACUAACACAAGACUAGUUCACCAAGUUUAAACACUAAUCAUGGAGUUAAACAUGGCAUCCACACUCAUAGCUAUACCUAUACUGAUACUCCCCUUUCUCCUCUUUGUGUUGUUAUUUCUCAAAUCUCAAAAAAUCUCAAAAUCAUCAAAAAUUUACUCACACAUCCCCGGCCCCAAAACCCUCCCUCUCAUCGGCAACCUCCACCUCCUUCUCCGCACCGACUCCCCCCCGCACAUGUUCCGCCGCCUCGCGGCGGAACACGGCCCCCUUAUGCACCUCCAGCUCGGCGAAAUCCACUUCCUCAUCAUCUCCUCCGUCGCCUUCGCCAAACAGAUGAUGAGGACUCACGACAUCAACUUCGCCAACCGCUCCUCGACCCUCGUCGGGGAGACGCUCUCCUACAACUACUCCGAGAUCGUCGCCGCCCCCUACGGCGACCAGUGGCGCCAUCUCCGGAAGAUCUGCACGCUCGAGCUCCUCAACGCCGCGCGCGUGCAGUCCUUCCGCCCCAUCCGAGAGCAGGAGAGUCUAAAUUUCUGCAAACAGAUGGCUUCCUUCGAAGGCUCUCCGGUGAACCUGUCGGACGAUCUCUACCUGAUGGCGUACGACGUGACGACGAGGGCGGUGGUCGGGAACAAGACGAAGGAGCGCGGCGUGAUGACUUCGAUAAUCCUGGAGAUCACUCAUCUGGCGACGGGGUUCAUGCUGGCGGAUCUGUAUCCUUCCGUGAAGUUGCUGCCGUUGAUCACCGGAGACCAGAUGAAGAUCCAACGGAUGUAUCGGAAAGUAGACAGACUGCUGGAUAGCAUCAUCGAGGAGCAUAAAGCCGACAAAGCCGCCGGGGAUGGUGGCGAGGUGGAUGAUCUGUUGGAUGUUCUGCUCAGGAUUCAGCAAGAUGGAACUGAAUUCCCUCUCACCACUCACAAUAUCAAAGCUGUGGUUCUGAAUAUGUUCAUAGCUGGAACCGACACGGGAACCAUCAGUGUGGAAUGGGCAAUGUCAGAGAUGAUGAGAAACCCAAGCAUACUCAGCAAGGCACAAGAAGAAGUGAGGAAGGUUUUUGACGACAAGGGAUACGUAGAUGAAGCCAAGUUUGAUGAGCUAAAAUACAUGAGAUUAGUCAUCAAAGAGACACUGAGAUUGCACCCUGCGCUUCCGCUUUUAAUCCCGAGAAUGAACGUCGAAAGAUGUGAAAUUGAUGGAUACGAAAUCCCGGCAAAAACCAGAGUGAUAGUGAAUGCAUGGGCACUGGGAAGGGAUCCCGAGUAUUGGAACGAUGCAGAGAAGUUUAUACCAGAGAGAUUCGAGGGGAGCUCCGUCGAUUUCAAAGGGAACAAUCUAGAAUAUAUACCUUUUGGUUCAGGAAGGAGAAUGUGCCCUGGCAUGUUGUUCGGACUAGCAAACGUAGAGUUUCUGCUUGCUAUGUUUCUGUAUCACUUCGAUUGGAAAAUGCCAAACGGGAUGAAACAUGAAGAUUUGGAUAUGACGGAGUCCUUUGGUGGAACUGUUAGAAGGAAAAACCCUUUGCGUUUGGUUCCCAUUGUUAAACGACCUUUUCCAACCCAUGUUUGACUGGUUAUUAUCUUUGGCUUCUUUUAUUCUCGACUGAUGAUGUAUAAUUAAUAAAACUAUGUCCGAUUAUGUAGUAAGCACAAUAAAUGAAAUUAUUAUGCCUAAAA